AUGUCCUCAACAUCUUUCGUGCGGGAACGAGAACACGACGACGGAGACCUCGAACGUGACCCUAAACGUCCAAAGAUAAACGAUUCGCAGGCUGCGUCUACUGACGUUGAUGAUGAAGCAGAGAUUGAAAUCGUUGAAGAAACGCCAUAUAUACUACCUCCCAGUCAUUCUCUACUCGGAGUUCCUCCUCCUACUGUGAUAGAAGGCCGUGCAAUAAACUUUCUAGAAACUGACGUUGGAAUUUCUGAGUAUGUAGGGCGAGGUGUAUCUAAAAUCGAGGGAAUAAUCAAACAGAGAUUUACUGAUUUCCUGGUCAACGAAGUUGAUCUAGAUGGAAACGUUAUCCAUCUAAAAUCUCUGGCAAUGCCAGAAUCAUCGAAAAAGAAUUCUGCGGAACUCUCAUCUAUCAACCGUGCUGAUGCUGCUCCUACAAUUCCCACUUCCGAGCCUGCAGAUUCAAAGCCUGAGGUAAAAAUGCCCAAAGAACCUUGGCCGGAAUCAUUCAAUACUGAAUUGGCACCAUACUUGUCUGAAGCGGCCAUUUUACAGCUGAAGGAGAUGUUCCUGCAAGGACCGGAGCCUCCCAGAGUCCCCGACAGCGGCUGGGGAGGAAGGACCGGGAAAGGUUCUACCGAAGAUGUUUCCUCGUCUGCAGUAGAGAUUUCAUCUGCAGAACCCGAGUCAAAUGAUCGGGGAAAGCGAGGAAGAGGUCGUGGACGUGAUAGAGGUAGAGGCGGCAGAGGCGGUGGUCGUGGGGGUGGCUCAGCGAGAGAGGACCAUCGCAAAAUCGUUUCCGAACCAAUUGGCUCAAAGGAGACUAGGACUGCCUUCCAUCAAAUUAUUCGCGAGCUUUUUGGUGGAAAGCUAGACAGUGAAACUGACACAUCUGCCCCAGCUACCGAUGAAGGCUCUAGGAUCGUGGUCAAGUGGUCAAGACGUGGGGUUGGACGUGGCGGACGCGAAAGAAGGGAUGGAGGAGUUGGAUCUGAACGUGCGCCUCGCGGAACAUUCCCUCCGUACAUACAUUUCACUCUCCAAAAAACCAACCGGGAUACCCAAGACGCGCUUUCUCAUCUUUCUCGGAUGCUCAAAGUGAAUGUCAAGGAUCUUUCAGUAGCCGGGACCAAGGAUAAACGCGGAGUCACUGUCCAGAGAGUAUCCUUGAAACGAAAUAACAAAACGGUCGAGGAUGUAUGGAACCUUGCGAAUGCGGUGACAAACGGACGGAAGUCUGCUGAAGAGGCCGUAAAAGAACGAGGCGAACGUGGAGUUCGUAUUGCUGACUUCAACUACCGCAAAGCAAGUCUUGAGCUUGGGCUACUCAAGGGUAACGCCUUUGUUAUAACUCUUCGGAGUGUACAAGUAGACUCAAUGGAAACGCUUGACAAAGCAUUGAAUAUUGUGAAGAAUACUGGGUUUAUUAACUAUUACGGCAUGCAGAGAUUUGGAACAGCAUCCGUUCCUACACAUGCUAUUGGAUUGGCCUUGUUACAAUCUAAUUGGCAGAAGGCUGCUUCACUGAUUCUGCAGCCACGCCAUGGUGAACACCCCGACGUAGAGGCCGCUCGAAACGCAUGGCUCGUGGACAACGACCUCGAUAAAGCGUUAUCACUCAUGCCUAGACGAGUUGUUGCCGAACGUUGCCUGCUUGAGAGUUACAAAAAGCAAAAAGGAGACACUCGUAAUGCUAUGGGUGCUCUUUCAACGAUACCAAGGAACCUUCGACUCAUGUAUGUACAUGCGUAUCAAUCGUAUGUCUGGAACGCCAUUGUUUCUGAACGGGUUCGGAUGCAUGGUGCUGAGAAACCCGUUGUCGGUGACCUUGUGUUUGAAGUUGAUCCGGAUGCACAACCUGAAGAAGAUGGCGAAGCUCUCACGGACAAUGAGAACGAAGAUGCCACAGGUCACCUUGCCUUGUCCAAUCGUGCACGGAAGAAACUCGCGAGAAAGCCAUGGUCCCCACCACAAGUAAAAACCUUGACGGAAGAGGACCUGAAUAAAUAUACGAUACUUGAUGUGAUUAUGCCUCUCCCCGGCACCGACGUUGCUUACCCAGGGGGACAACUUGGCGACAGAUAUCGCGAAUUCCUCAAGAUAGAUAGCCUUGACCCGGAUAAUUUUGUGCGAAAGCAAAAAGACUACACGCUGUCUGGGUCAUACCGAAAGAUUCUCCACCGGCCGACCGCGAUGACUUGGUCUGUGAUGCGCUACACGGAUCCGGAUGUUCCUCUUGCCCAAGCUGACGAAGAUAAGCUGCUCGGAUUCGAUCCUCCGGUAAUUGAUGAACAGGGCAAAUUCAUGGCCCUCCAAAUUAACCUUACGCUGGGAACUGCCUCAUAUGCCACGAUGGCCUUGAGAGAAAUCACCAAGACCGAAACUAGCUCGCACUAUCAGACUAGUUUGACGAACGCUGCCGAAGACCAAAAAUACCGCGGAGUGGCAGAUGGAGAUAUUGAGAUGGACCAGGGGACAGCAGUCGUCGGUGACGCUGAGGACGCUGCAGUGGAAACUGUGUAG